GGGAAAAUAAAAAAAGAAAAGAGAGAGGUUGGUGAGUGAAGUGACAGCUCCACCCUGACUGGCCAUCCUGCUCCUAUAUAUACAAAACAGGCUAAUACUCUACAUUCUGUGCUCGUAUCUUCAGAUCUUAAACCACCCCCCGCAUCUCAAUCCAUACAAUACAAGCUCCAAUUUCAACAGCAAUGGAAUUAGAAGGAGUUCUAUUGGGAAUGGGAAAUCCACUUCUCGACAUUUCUGCCGUCGUUGAUCACGACUUCCUCACCAAGUAUGGAGUGACAUUGAAUAAUGCAAUUCUUGCGGAAGACAAACACCUGCCGAUGUACAAUGAAUUGGCUGGCAAGGAUAAUGUGGAGUACAUUGCUGGAGGUGCAACUCAAAAUUCUAUUAGAGUGGCACAGUGGAUGCUUCAAACUCCUGGUGCAACUAGUUUUAUUGGAUGCAUCGGAAAAGACAAGUUUGGUGAGGAAAUGAAGAAGAACUCAAAACUUGCUGGAGUUAAUGUUCACUACUAUGAGGAUGAAGCUGCACCAACUGGUACUUGUGCUGUUUGUGUUGUUGGCGGGGAGAGGUCAUUAAUUGCCAACUUGUCAGCUGCAAACUGCUACAAGUCAGAUCACUUGAAAAAAUCUGAAAAUUGGAGCCUUGUUGAGAAGGCCAAAUAUUAUUACAUCGCUGGAUUUUUCCUCACUGUAUCUCCAGAGUCGAUUCAGCUUGUUGGCGAGCAUGCUGCCGCAACAAACAAGGUCUUCAUGAUGAACCUCUCUGCUCCUUUUAUCUGUGAGUUCUUCAAAGAUGUCCAGGAGAAAGCUCUAUCGUAUGUUGACUAUGUAUUUGGAAAUGAGACUGAAGCAAGAGCAUUCUCAAAGGUUCAUGGCUGGGAGACUGAAAACGUCGAAGAGAUUGCUGUAAAGAUUUCCCAAUGGCCAAAGGCAUCAGGAGCUCAUAAAAGGAUUACUGUUAUAACUCAAGGUGCAGACCCUGUUGUAGUAGCUGAGGAUGGGAAGGUUACACUAUUUCCUGUUAUUUUGUUACCAAAGGAGAAACUUGUGGAUACCAACGGAGCUGGGGAUGCAUUUGUUGGAGGAUUUUUGUCUCAGUUGGUUAAACAGAAGCCAAUUGGAGAAUGUGUGCGUGCUGGUUGCUAUGCAGCUAAUGUGAUUAUUCAGAGAUCAGGUUGCACAUACCCGGAGAAGCCAGAUUUUAAAUAAAUUCUCCUCUCAAAGUUCGGUGUUUUCUGCAGCCUGAAGAAUAGAGCUAUUAUUUUACGUCAGGCCUAUGGUUUUGGCUUUUGACGAUAUCUUGUGUUAUUAUUUACUCCUGAACCCAUAUAUAUGGCAAGGGAGGGUCAUUUUUGAUUCACCGUUGUGUUGUUUUUAUCAUGUGGAAAAUAUACCUUCCUCGGAUAGGUAGAAGCUAAAACAUGGUGGAAAAAUGUCAUAUUUUUUCAGGCUAUAUUUUCACUUGUACCCUUCGGGGUAUUAGCUACUUA